AUGUCGUUCUUAAGAAGAUCAUUGGAAUUAUUUUCUGGAAGUUUUGAGUCAAAGAGUAGUGCACCACCAACUAUCGAUACAAAGAUCGAUACAAAGAUAAAUAACACAAAAGUUGACAACAAACCCUCAUUGGAUACUUCAUCAGACAAUUUUGUUACUCGUAGUCCAUCAAUCGCUAUUCCACCAAACAAUCAACAAAAUAGAGAGUCUUCUUGGUAUCGUAUGGUUCAAGUCGUUGAGGUCGGAUCACUCUAA